AUGCAACAACUAAUUCGGGCGGCCUCCAUCAGUCACAGCAAUAGCAAACCUGUUCUUCACAUCACAGUACCCAGUCGACCCACCCAUACCCGAGUGCCCGAACCCUAUCAACUCACCAUCCCCCGAAUAAGACCUCUUGAACCCAAGCCCAAACUCCCGACCUGCAAGCGCCAAACUCUCGUACUCUCCACUCCCCGUAAAUGCAUCGUGAAUAUUUCCAUUACUAAAAAUCUUAUCAUUUCUCGUGCCUUGGCCAAAUCCGUCAAUAUCGCUGGUUGGGACUUCGGUGUAAUUCUUUCCAUGAUUUUUGGAUUUCUUUUCCUUUUUUUUCUCGGGCUUUGGGGAUGGGAAUUUGGGGGUGUGGGGGUGGGUGCCAAGCAUGGGCUGGGUCGAAGAGGAAUGUGGAGGGGGGAUUGUGCCCUGGUCAACUAG